AUGGCAUUGAAUGCUUUCAAAUUGUGUUGUCCAUACGAUAAAUGUAAUGUCGAAUGUCUCAUUCGAGACAUUGUAUCUAUACUUGGUUUUCAACAAGCGAAUCGUCUUGCACUGAUUGCCUUCAAAAUUUAUAUUCGAUGUCCACAGAACGAUCUUGUUCAAUGUUUUGGAAACGAUUGUGAUCAGGUUUAUCGUCCAUCGACAUAUUCAUCAACAUAUUUAUGUGAUCAAUGCAUGAAAAUUUAUUGUAUACCAUGUAAAGCUGAAUAUCAUUUUGGCAUAACAUGCGAACAAUUUCAACAAUUAGAAAAAGAACGGAAAGAAAAGGCUCUUCUAGAAAAGAACUUGGGCAAAUUGCCUUUCAAAAAAUGUCCAAAAUGUCAAACGCUUAUCGAAAAAUUUGCUGGUUGUAAUGCCAUGAAAUGUACUCAAUGUACCAUUGCCUUUUGUUGGCAAUGCUUAUUUACAGAUGAUAAUGAUGUUCACUAUCAUUUUAAUGACGAAAAAUCAUCGUGUUACAAUCAUUGUUUUGACGUGGAUAUUAAGUAG